CCUCGAGCGCUCAACCGAGGCGGUUGUCCAUCGGUUCGCAGGAGCACAUUUGCCGCAUUUCGGGGCAUCUCAAUCAUUCGAAUUCGACAACGAGCAUCCAAAAGCGAUUGAUCAGCCGCCGGCUCACCUGAUCAAUAAUGUGAACUUGAAUUAAUUAUAUACAGUGCAAUGAGUUCGUCACGCAGCUAAAUAUAUAAAAAAAUAUAUUUAUAAAUGUAUAAAUACGUGUAUAAAGAAAAACCAAAUGAAUAAUAUCAAAUAACGUGCAAUGAACGUGAACGAGCGUCUCCUUUAACUGCGUUUGUAGUGCACUUAUAAAGUAUCCAAUUAAAUGGGACUCCGGCUCCUCAGACAACAAUAACAGUGAAAUACCUGCCCGGGGGCAAUAAAAAUAAUAACAGCUUUGUGUCAAUAAAACAAUGCGAAAUGUUUUGAUAUGAAAGCGGAGGACUGCGCAGGAAAGCGAUUGCAUUAAUUCCAACGGACGUGCACACUGGACACCAUGACCACUGUUGUGCCGUGUUCCUGCUCCGUCAACUCCAGGGAUAUGGGAGGAUAUGGAUGGGCCUAGGCGGCCUGCUGCCGGAGAUAGCCACUCUCGAUUGAGAACCCAACUGGCCGAUCUAUGGCUGUCAACUUGCAGCUGAAUAAUUUAAGCGCCAUUUAUCCAUCGCUCAUGUAUGUGGCCGCCUCCUCCUCCUCUUCCUCCUCCCUGCGGGGAUUGGGGCUGGGAUCGGGAGUGGGAGUGGGUGGUCUGCCGGAAAACAUAUCCAUCGUGUACGAGGAUGCGGCCAAUGGGACAGGAGGAGGAGUUGGAGUUGGAUAUCCCAGCGGACCGAACGGUACGGAUGCAGUGGCUCUCACCGAACCCGGACCCACGGCACCCGUGACCACAUUUAAUUACUACAACGAGUCGGCGGCGGCCGCCGAGUGGGCGCACUUCUACGAUCUGGUGCUCUCCUGGCAGGGCAUCAUCCUGAUUGCCGUCUUUGCCACCUUCAUCGUGGUCACCGUCAUCGGGAACACCCUGGUCAUACUGGCCAUAUUGACCACGCGCCGGCUCCGCACCAUUACCAACUGCUUUGUGAUGAGCCUGGCGGUGGCCGACCUCCUCGUGGGCAUCUUCGUCAUGCCCCCCGCCGUCGCCGUCCAUCUCAUAGGCUCGUGGCAACUGGGCUGGGUGCUCUGCGACAUUUGGAUCUCCCUGGACGUGCUCCUCUGCACGGCCUCCAUUCUCAGCCUGUGCGCCAUCAGUGUGGACAGAUAUUUGGCCGUGACCAGGCCGCUCACGUACUCCCGUAAACGGCGCUCCAAACGAUUGGCCCUCAUCAUGAUCCUAAUCGUCUGGCUGCUCGCGUUGGCCAUCACCUGUCCUCCCAUGCUGGGAUGGUACGAGCCAGGACGCAGGGACCUGCGCGAGUGCCGAUACAACCAGAACGAGGGCUACGUCAUCUUCUCGGCCAUGGGCUCCUUCUUCAUACCCAUGGCAGUCAUGAUUUAUGUGUAUGCAAGAAUUUCCUGUGUCAUUGCAUCCCGGCACGACAAUAUGACCGACAUAAGUGUUCACAACAAGAAAUUCAAGCGCUACACGGCAGCGGACGUAGAGAACGAGCUGUCGGAGCAGGAGCAGCACAGCUCGGUGGGCCAGCGCCAGAGACAGGCCACAUCGAGGACGUUCUCCAACCAGACGAUAGCCAAGGAGCUCCACGACAUGAUGCUCAGCGACAGCGACAAUUGUGCGCCAGUCGGCGCUGGAGGAGCAGUUGGUGGGGGAGGAGGAGGAAGUAGUGCCACUGGCGGCACCCACUGUCAAUCCCUGCUGGCUCUGCCCUCCGGCGGAGGAGGUGGCUCCAUGGGCUGCGCCAAGAAUGGGUGCUACGAACUCACACGACCCUCCUCGCUGAAGCGCGCUUCCACCGCCUCAACGACCAUUACCACAAUGACGAGUGGCAUGGGGCCGGGCAGCAGUCUCCUGGAUGCGCAGUGGCAGUCCCAGCCGCCGGGCCAAACGGGCCAGGUGCAGACCCACUCCCUAUCGCAGCCACCGCGAACACACAGCUUUAGGCAUUCGCAUGGGGAGCGGGACCGCGAGAGACUGCGGAGCCAUCACCACCAUCCUCAUUAUCAUCACCAGGCGGGCGUAACCACGACAUCGACCAGCGGGAACACCGGUGCCAACACCAACAGUAAAUCGCUGUCCAAUCGGAUUACGUCGCUGAAGAAGGAGAACAAGACCACUCAAACCCUGAGCAUUGUGGUGGGUGGCUUUAUCGCCUGCUGGCUGCCCUUCUUCAUCAACUAUCUGAUCACCCCGUUCCUGGCCGAGCACCAGGCCAGCCAAAUGCUGGCCAAGGCGCUCACCUGGCUGGGUUGGUUCAACAGCGCCAUCAAUCCCUUCAUCUACGCCUUCUACAGCGUCGACUUCCGGGCGGCCUUCUGGCGCCUCACCUGCAAACGCUUCUUCAGCGCCGGCCAGAAGCCGCAGUUCCCCACGAACACCAUGUCCAUCAGGCGAUAGAGUUGGACUGGGCUGGACUCGCCUGGUAACAGAAACACAGAAAACCCCUCAAGCCCUGAACAAAUUGCCCGCACAUAACAUAUUAUUAACAUAUUCAUUAACUUUAGACGCGUCGGCGGCGAAAAAGGUGUGGUCCCUAAUUGCACCCACAGUCCAUGUGUAAUUGUUCUCCAGUUUCUCGUAUAGUUUAUUUCAUCGUCAGGGUUUGCUUCCGAUUCUGGAUCAUUUUGCCACUUAGGAGACGAACCUCGCCCACCAGCAAUUCCACUGCUUUCAGUUGACCUUUCAGAAAUGCCAAGGCAUUACAGCAUUUUCAAACAGUCUAUAGUGAAGCUUCUUAUAUCAGAAACUCAACCGAUAUAAUAUAGAAGAUUUUUCAGAAAUAUCUUUGUUGACUCAGAACACAUAUAAUAUAUCUUAUUUGUAGACAUAAAAGGUUUUUAUUAUAUAUACUUCCAAAUUUUCCUAAGCUUUGAGAUAAACAUUUCCAUUGCCGCUAAAAUUUAUGGAAAUAAUAUAGAUAAAAGGUUGAGCCACACAAUCUACCUAUCUCAUAAAUGCCAUGAAAAUCUUUAUAUGAUCCAAAUUUGUUUGCUAGUCAGGAAAAAUAGAAAUUCCAUCGAAGUUAGUGACUCAUUCGCUUUAAAACCUUUUAGUAGAAUAAUGUAGAAAACAACAUUGACUUAGUAAAUUUCGACUUAGUGAAGCUUGACUGUACAAAGAUGGCAAUACGUGUAUGUAUGCGACUGCAGGCAAGGAUUUCAAGGUAUUUUUGCAUGCAGAACCCGUGGAAAAUCUGAUACGCAGCACGUAUCGAUUUAGUAAUUUCCGCGCGACUUUUCCGCUCAGCGGGCGGCGCCUCUAAAAUGGCAACAUUUUCCUUGGAUGUUGCUUUUUGCCGGGCCGUCAAGACAACUUGGACUUGGCCAGUGGCACAGACAGCGCAGAUGGAUGGGAAAACUUGUUUGUAUGGCUCACCGAAAUUGCGGCCAUUCCUCGAGCUCUAAAAUUCAGCCGCAUGCUUUUGGGUAGGUUACCAGUUUUGGUGGUGACCCCGAACCACUUCCGCAUUCCCUUUUGGCGCUUUACGAUGCAGCUAGCUGGUCCCCAUCGUACUUAAGUUUAGUGCAGGCAUAUAUAUCAUAUAUAUCACUAAAUAUCACAGUAUAUCAUAUCAACUGAUAUCAGGACAUCAUAAAGAAUAUGGCCCAGAGAUACGAGUUGAUUGAUUUACAUGGCGGAGGUACUGAAAUCAGUGGAAUAUCUGGGGGCUGGGGAUCAAGUUGAGAAUUAGCUUUAAUCAGCUUUAUCGGAAUACCAGUUAAAAACAGUUACUGUGAUUUAGUUUAUAGUUGCAGUUGAAGCUGAAACUUCAAGAGUUUUCCUUUAGUCUUAACAACAUUAAGUGUGUGCAGUGCGUGUGUGAUUAAGUAGGUGAAAGUGAGCUUGUGUGAAUGGGUUGUAAUGUAUUAUAUAAUUUAAGGCAUAAUUUAUUCAGGCCAUCAGCAGCUUAGCUAACCCCCUAAGUAGGACUAAUCUUCGUGUUGUACCAAGCAAUCUACUUUUCGAACUCCAUCCAUUGCCGGCGGCGGUGUGAAGUCAUAAACGCAACCAAGCAAUGCUACGCCUACGACAUAGAGAUUAAGUCAGACGAAACUCUCAUCAGCAUGCCAUCCUUCUUCCUGAAUCCUUCUGAAUAUCUGAUUUCCGGAAUAUCAGCUCACAUCACGUCAAGCCUAACAAGUCAAAACAGAUGCUCCGCUCCGGGUGAGACGGUUUCCGUCCCGUCCAAGGUGAGGAGCAAGCUCGGCGGAUGGAGCUCAUCAUCAUCGCACGCCCACCAAUCAUAUUGCAUAUCGCAUACUCGUAUAUCUCAUAUCGUCUCAUUCCGGCUGAUAUCACAGACAUAAUCCGCAUAAUCUGCAUACAAAUAUAUGUAUAUUUAUUAAUAGUUGUGUGUGUACGAACAGCAAGUUUUUGGAAACGAACAAAUAAAUAGACAAUUCGAAAAGACAAAACUCUCCCAAAAAAGAGCUAGAGAUUGGUUUUUCUAUCAUUUAAACUCGGUUUAAGCUCUCGCCCUCCGCUUAAAGGUGCCGGUAUGGGAAGGACCCUCUAGUCCUGCGAACAAUGGUUAGUGCGGGUAACGUGAAUUAUUGAUCAGUCUCAAAAUUGAAUUCGCAACUGCAGAUACACUGUACUGUACGCCCCAGCUCCUCAUAUGUGCACAUAUGUGUGUGUACUGUUUGUCUGUAUUUAUAUUUAACCAGGACGAAUUCAAGGGAAAACCCCGGAAAAAGGAGCCAAGGGGAACGGGAACCGAGAGCAAAGUUGUGUUUGGUGCGCAAAAUAACCAUAAAUACGAACCCCGCCAUCCCGUCAUGAAUAUUUCAUUGUAGCUACAGCCAGCCAGCAAAUCCCCCCAUUCCCAGCCCAGAAAUCCGCAUCCAUCCCGCGGGGAGGAGAUUCAGUUGAGGAGCCUCCAAAUGGAGUUUUAAGACUCUAAUUGAGCCCGAGACCGAGCCGGAGACCGAGCCUGGAACUUGGCUAACAUUAAUUGAUCGACUGAGUCGAGGCCCCCUAAAAUUCAAUUGGGUUGCAGAGUGGGCGGCACUUGAGGAGACUCAUUGGAGCGGUUGGCCCAACUUGGCCAGAAAACAACUUGACGAGGCAAACAAAGGAAGCCGAAAUAAAACGAAAGUUCAUUCGAAAAACAUUUGCGGGGGGCAUUUGUCAUGAGAGUUUCGCCAACUUUGCCUGUCCCAAGCACUUGUUAAAUGUUAAAUGCUCGAAAAUAUCGAUGUAUUGUUUUUGUCCCUUUGUUGUUCAUAACCCAGAAAUUGCUGCGAUGACAUAACCGAAAAUCUCGCGGCAGCAAAACAACAUUAGCCCAAAGGACCCUGUCGGCAGGCGUCUGAAAAUAGGAUGUCGGCAUGGCUGUCAACUUCAUCCCGAGCUCCACCUCCACUUUUUGCCUUUUUUUUGCCACCUGAAAAAACGGCCAUUUAAUUUAACACAUUACGCGAUAUCAGCCAACAAAGCGAUGGAAAAUGGUAAGGUUUCCCAGCAACAAAAAAAGAAAGGGAAUAAAAAUACACAGGGCAUACAGAGUGUUAUGCCUGAGGUAUACCCUUUAAUCAGCGUUAUAAAUGCCAGUUAUGACUGAGAGGUUCAUU